UGCAGCCUCUGUCACUGGGAGAGCAGUCCACUUAAAUGCAGCUUCAGUAGGCUGUGUGAUACCCACCAGCAUCACUCACACUGUGAGUUUGGGUUUGUAACCAUGAUCUCCAGCUUGGUCUUUCUCCUUCUCUGUGGAAAUAUUGCCCUAACCCUGGGAAAUGCACAGAAAUUGCCAAAAGGUAAAAAGCCAAGCCUGAAACUCCAUAUCAAUACCACAGGUGACUCCAUUCUCAUGAAGUUUCUUCGUCCAGAUCCAAACACCAAACUAGAGGGUUUUGUUUUGGGAUAUGGCAGCAAUUCUCAGUCCAACCAAUAUUUCCCAUUGCCUUCAGAAGGGAAAUCAUCUGAAGCAGAAGUUGAUGCAGAGCCUAAAUAUUUGAUAGUUGUGCGACCAGUCCCCCCUCCAAGCCAAAAGAAAACAUGUUCAGGUAAAUCUCGUACCCGAAAACCUCUCCAGAUGGUAGUUGGCACUCUGUCACCAAGCUCAGUCUUUCUGUCCUGGGGUUUCCUCAUCAACCCACAAUAUGAUUGGAACUUACCGAGUCAGUGUCCCAAUGACAGAUUAUAUACAGUUCGCUAUCGGGAAAAAGAUAAAGAAAAAAAAUGGAUUUUCCAAAUCUGCCCGGCCACUGAAACAGUAGUUGAGAAUCUGAAGCCAAAUACCAUUUAUGAAUUUGGAGUGAAAGAUAAUUUAGAAGAUGGACUCUGGAGCAGGAUUUUUAAUCACAAGACUAUUAUAGGAACUAAAAUUAAAGGAAAUGGGAAAAUUCAAAGUACCUAUGACCAGACAUAUACAGUGCCAGCAUACAUUCCAAAGAAGAUAAUUCCCAUUACAGUUAUCAGACAAGUAAUUCAGAAUGUCACACACCGAGCAGCAUCGAAAUCUCCGGACAGACCUUAUGUAGGAGGAACAAUACUAGUCCACCUAAUCAUUCCUGGGCUGAAUGAAACAGUUCUGAAAGAUCCUCCACCUGUCAUGUUGGAUAUUUCCGAAACAGUCAAGACACCACUAGCUAAGAACGAGACCUUGGCAAUACCUGCUGAAUCUAAAACACCAGAGGUGGAAAAAAUACCAGCAAAGCCUGUAACAGUAACAAUGGAAACUGUUCGAAGAACCACAAAUCCUGCUGUGACUAGCGUCUUAGAAAUUUCAGAAAGAACUUUAGCUCCAAACAGGCUUCCAGAAUUACCUCAAGCCAAAACACCGCCCCCUCUGAUGAAACCUAGGGCAACAUUGGCUUCAGAUGAGAUAAAGUGGAUUGCUUCAACAACCAAAACACCUGAUGGUCCAAAAGUUCUGCAGCCCCACACUGCAACCUAUGACACACAGCCCGGUUUUUCAAGUCCUCCAGCAACAGAAGAACCUGAAAUAUCCAUGACCCAAACAGCAGCAACAAGUCAUUCUACUCUGGACUCUGACCCAUCAAAAACUUCUAGAACAAUUGAACAGCCAAGGGCACCAUUGGCUCCAAGUGAAAUGCCACUUCUUCCUCAAAAACCGAAAACAUCUCCUAUUCCUGAAAUACAACAUACUACACUUGCUUCCACACAAACCACAUCCAUUCCUUCUACACCUAAGCGACGACGCCCCAAGACCAAACCAACAAGAACCAAGCAUGUGAUAAGCUCAACCACUUCAAUAUCUACACCAAGGCCCAAACCAACUUCUUUUGAACUUGAAAGAACACCAGCAACAACGGCUUUUAAAGAGACACUUCAUGUUCCCCCCAAACCAACAACUUCCCCAGACCUGGCAGUAUCACAACUAACUCCUGCCCAGGAGUCCAUUAGUAUGGAAACUUCACCAGCAACACCUUCACCACUGUCACCAGCAACAAUGGCUCUGGAACCUGUCACACUAAAAACGGAAACAACAGGGACUACAAUAGCUUCCAAACCAGCCAGACGCAGACAUAAAGGUUCUAAGGCUAAAACCACACCAAGUACAACAACUUCACAGACCACACCUGCAUAUGAACCUGUUACACACAGGACUGAGGCAUCGAUGACAACCUUGGCUUCACAGUUGGACAAAUCAUCACCAUAUACAGGUCCCCAACUUAAAACAUUAAGUCCAGAUGUGUCAGAGAUCAAACCUGUCGUGGAAUCUGCAACAUUCCAAACUGAAACCAUGGUAACAACAAUAGCCCCAGGACCAGGGACAGUUAUAACUCAUGCUCCAACAACAACAUUAGCUCAAAUAAAAACAAGGACUCCUCGUCAAAAGCGUCCUAGAACUAAACCUACAACAAGUCCAGUGAAAACACAGACCAAAUCUGUUCCUACUACAGCUUUAGAACCUGCCAUCUUUAGAACUGAGACUCCAGGAACAACAUUAGCUCCCAAAGUGACUACAAUGACAAGGCGUCCACGUACAAGGCCACGGCCACGCCCACGGCCACGCCCAAGCCCACAUCCACACCCACGCCCACAUCUACCCCAAACUACUACACCAACUACUGAAGGACCUCAAAACAAACCUGCUCCCACAGAGGUGCAAACUAUUCUUUUCCAAACAGCAUCACCACACCUAGAAUCAUCACCAAUUACAGCUGCUCAAAAACCAAUCAAACAAAAUCGAACAAAGACAACUUUACGUCCUAAGCUUAAAACAACUCCAAGUCCACCUGUACCUCAGACCAAACCUGUUUCUAACAUAGAACUGGAAUCCGUUGCAUUUAGCACUGAGCCAUCAAAGGCAACCAUAGCUCCAGCAGAAACACAUUAUGUACAUCCAAUCCCUAAAACAUCACAGAGCCCUGAUGAGCUACAAACCAAAGCUGUCCUGGAAUCUAUUACAUCUGUGCCUGAGCCACCCAUGGAAACAAUAGCUUCCAUAGCGACAACUUCUCUGCCUUCCAAAACUUUAGCACUGACCAAGCCAGAUGUACCACAGACAAAACUUGCUACAAAACCGACAACACGUGCCCCACCCAAAACGAAAACAACACAACACUCAGUCAAGCCUGCUCCUACAAGUUCACGACCCAUUGCUUCAAAACCGAAAAUAUCACCAAGCCCGAAUGCGUCACCAACUCUACCUGCUCCAGCAGAAAGACAGGCAUCCUCACCUAAACCAUCCCCAAGUCCUGUUAUAUCUCAGACCACAGAUGGUCUGGAAGAGAGUACAGUUAGGAUCAAGCAACCAAAGGCAACUCUAGUCCCAACAACCAUCAUUCUGAGAACAACAAUGCCAACCACUUUAGCUCCUAGGGAUGUACAUAAACCAGGCCCAGAUGUCUCUCAGACCAAACCUGUCCGGGAACCUGUUACAUUUAGAACUGAACCACCAAAGCCAACAAAGGCUUCCACGGGGACAAAGGACAUUCCUUUUAAGCCUAAGAUUUCGCCAAGCCCAAGUCAAACUGUACUACAAACCACUAAGGCAGAAACAAGCCAAUCUACUCAGGAACCAGCUACCACAAAACCUCCUCGACCACCUAAGCGAAUAAAGACAACUCAGGCACCAAGUAAAGUAUACACUACUACUGUAAGGAGGAAACUUGUCAAACCUGGCAAAAAUAGGACAAGUGGAGCUGGUAGACCCAAGCCCAAUGGAACUUCACAAGACACAGUUUACAAUAAGCCAUUCUCUGAAGGUAUUCUCAAACCCUUUGAUGCCUCCAAAAAUGUUUCACUGGAUGCUAUUAAAAAAACAGCUAUAAUCACUGAUACUCCUCACUCCACCUUACCACCUCCUAAGCCAACACAGUCCCGAAGAAAACCUCUAUCACCAAACAAUGUGACCGGCAAGCCAGGAAGGCCAGGAACCACCUUGUUACCCCGAGUAACCACCCCUCCUCCAAAGGUGACUUUCAAACCUAUUGGACCCACUGUGCCAAAGAAGCCUGAAACAGAGAAAAAGCAGCCAACAGCCUCUGUUUCUGGAGAAUCCGAUAACUUUACUGACUUUAGUUCAAGCCCCACAAGAGAGACUGAUUCUGGGGGAAACCAGCGGUUUGUGGCUCCUCAUGUGAAAUACAUUCCAAAGCCUGAGGAUGAACCAUGUUCUAUCACUGAUUCUGUGAAGCGGUUCCCCAAAGAGGAGGUGUCAGAAGAAAGCCCCACGAGCCCCCCCCAGAAUCCUCCCACCAACCUCACUGUGGUCACAGUGGAAGGAUGCUCAUCAUUUGUCAUACUGGACUGGGAGAAGCCACAGAAUGACACAGUCACUGAAUAUGAAAUUAGAUCCAAAGAAAAUGGAGCACCUACUGGGAAGAAGGAGGCUAUUCAAACUACAAAUCAAACCUUCUCUGCAAUAGAAAAUCUAAAACCAAACACCAGUUAUGAAUUCCAGGUGACGCCCAAAAACCCUCUUGGUGAAGGCCCACCUAGCAAAACUGUGGCAUUCAAUACUGAAUCAGCGGAUCCAAGAGUGAGUGAGCCAAUUUCAGCGGGAAGAGAUGCCAUCUGGACUGAAAUACCCUUUAAUUCAGACUCUUAUUCAGAAUGCAAAGGCAAGCAGUAUGUCAAGAGAACUUGGUACAAGAAGUUUGUAGGUGUGCAGUUAUGCAAUUCUUUGCGAUACAAGAUUUACCUGAGUGAUUCACUUACAGGAAAAUUUUACAACAUUGGAGAUCAAAGAGGUCAUGGAGAAGAUCACUGCCAGUUUGUGGAUUCCUUUUUAGAUGGUCGGACUGGACAGCAACUCAGUUCUGAUCAACUGCCCAUCAAAGAAGGCUACUUUAGAGCAGUUCGCCAAGAACCAGUCCAAUUUGGAGAAAUAGGUGGUCCCACUCAGAUCAAUUACGUCCAAUGGUAUGAAUGUGGAACUACGAUACCAGGAAAAUGGUAGAUGCUGCAGUAGCGAUGAGAGAUGCCUUCUUUUUCAUCAAGAAAAAAAAAGUUGGAAAUGUUAUAGUAUUUGUGCCACAUAAACCUUCUGUUUACUAUGUAUAGAAAUUUAAAAUGGAAUGGCAAUAUUAACUGUUUAUUAAUAGACUGCUUACUAUAUUUAUCAGGUUUUACAAAGUCAUUUAAAUAAAGUAAGAUAUAGGCAUUAAAGAGAAUUUGGGAAGCUGGCUCCCUGCUCUUGGUAUUUUAAAAGAAACAGUUUGUAUGUUAUUUAUCACAGUGUUGUAAUAAAUGUUUUGAGGCACUUUUAUGGGAAGCUUAAAAUAUAAUAUGCAUUAAUUUUAAAUAUUCACUUUUAUUACCUGAACUGUUUAGGUAAUUCUACAAACCUCUGGUCUCCCUCCCUUUAUAAUUAACUUUAACUUAUUGGAUCAAACUCUUGUUCAAUAGAGCUGAAAAGGCAAUUUUCCCAAUAUUUACGUAUUGCUCAGACUAGAAACAGCUGAAUAAGCUUUUCUAAAAGAGCUUUAGGCCCUAGUCUAAACACACAAUCAAAUGCUUGGUGGAGAUAUUUGUCAAGCCCUGGGCCUUACAUUAGUUUCAUUUUGGCAAUUCUACAUCACCUAUGCUCAGUAUAAUUCAGUUUUGUUUACUUAAGAGAUUUAUUCUCUAACCAUCAGCCUAUGCUAUAGUGUCUGGAUGUAUUUUUUUUUAAUCAAACAUUAGGAUUUUCCACUGUCCCUUCAAAUAAUCGUGUGUCUUCAUUUAAUCUAACAUGGUCAUGUCCCUAGCCAAGUUGUAAGCACUGGUUCUGAUGUUUGAGCACAAAAGAGUAAAUGAACAAGGUCUAUAAUAAUGUAUAGGAUAUUUGCUAUAUAUAUUUUGUAUAAGACAUCUAUUAAUAAAGGGGGAUAUUUGUUGUACUUCUGUUUCUUAACUCAAACUAUAAAGAAAAUCUGGUUGAAUAUUGUUCCUAGGGAAAGAGGGGGUAAUUCACUGUGCUUAAGGUCUUCUAAACUUGCUAUUUCCAAAAAUGCCUCAAUUUCCCCCCUCUAAUGCCAUAUACAUUUUGUAUUUUUCAAACAUUAAUGAACUCUGCAAUAAAGAGAUGUAGUUUUUUUAAGAAAA